AUGGCUGUACCCAAAGACGCCAUCCCUUCCUUGUUAGAAUGUCAAUGCCAGAUCUGUGUGGAAAUCCUUUUUGAGCCUGUGACUCUGCCUUGUAACCACACGCUCUGUAAACCAUGCUUCGAAUCGACUGUCGAAAAGGCAAAUUUGUGCUGUCCCUUCUGUCGCCGCCGUGUCUCUUCGUGGGCUCGGUACCGUACCCGAACAAAUUCUCUUGUUAAUAUGGAACUGUGGGAGAUAAUUCAAAAACACUAUCCAAAGGAAUGCAAGCUAAGAGCCGCUGGGCAAGAAUCAGAGGAAAUUGUUGAUGACUAUCAGCCAGUCCGCUUAUUAAGUAAACCUGGGGAAUUAAGAAGAGAAUAUGAAGAGGAGAUAAGCAAGGUAGAGGCAGAGCGGCGAGCCUGUGAGGAAGAAGAAAACAAAGCCAGUGAAGAAUACAUUCAGAGAUUACUGGCAGAGGAGGAAGCGGAGGAAAAGAGACAGGCAGAAAAAAGGCACAGGGAAAUGGAAGAACAACUGAACAGUGAUGCAGAACUGGCAAGAAGACUAAGCCUUGAUAUUAACAAUUUCUGUGGGGGAAGUGUUUUGGCUUCGUCUUUGAAUUCCAGAAAAUCUGAUCCGGUCACAACCAAAUCACAAAAGAAAAGUAAGAACAAACAAACAAACACUGGAGAUAUUCAGAAGUAUUUGUCACCUAAAUCUCAACUUGGGUCAGCAUCACAGUCUGAAGUUGUGCAGGAAGACAGAAAAAACUCCAUGUCUAAGGAAACUGACGACAACAGUGAUGUGAAGAGCCCUACAUGGCAAGACACAGACAUUGAGGAAGAUAUGCCAACGCUUUCUCCUCAAACAUGCCUUCCUAUUCAGGAACAAGGUGCAAAAUCUUCAGUGGAGUCACCUAUGCCUCAGUUAUGUACCAGUGGUGGAGAAUGGUGCCUUGAAGGAAAAGUUGAAACAGGACCAAGCAAUCGUGAAAAAGGGUUAUGUGUCAUAAAUCAUGAGGAACCUAAAGCCAGAUUUCCCUACUCUGGAGAUGCUGCCACUAAGCCUUAUGGUGAAACAGAGAGUGGGUGCACUGUAUCAGAUAUGACACAGUUCAUUAGAAACAACACGGUUGAGACAGAAAAUGAAGAGUCUCACCUACCGAUCAGUCAAGAUACCUCCAAAAGAAGAAACCUAGAACCUCUGUCUGAAGCAAUCAGAGAGCCAUGCUUUUCUGCAAAAAGAAGAAAAAUGUUCCCCAAAGCCUCCACAGACCAAGAGAAAACAGAAAUCAGCUUUACCCAAAAACUGAUAGAUUUGGAACAUCUACUUUUUGAGAGACAUAUGCAAGAAAAGCAGGACAGGUUACUAGCAUUACAACUUCAGAAAGAGGUGGAUCAAGAACAAAUGAGGCCAGACAGGCAAAAAGGAUCCCCAGAUGGGUAUCAGUUACGGACUGUGUCCUCACCUCCAGACAAAUUACUCAGUGGACAGAGAAAGAAUUCUAGAGACAGAAACUCCAAAAGACAAACCGAGCUAAAGCAGCCAAAACCUCGGACAGACUCAAAAAAUGAAAAUCAGCAACCUUCAUUUAAGAUCCAGUUGAAAUGUUCGGUUAAUGGAAGAAAGAUAGCAGAUUCUACUAGAGAUAAUUGUAAUGUACCUAAAACUGUUCAUUCCCUACAGCCUAGUAAGUCACAGAAGAGUAUUUUUCAGAUGUUUCAGAGAGUCACAAAGUAA